UAAAAAUAUUUCUUAUAAAACAGCGACUAAAUUAUCAUCAGAGGAGGUGAAAUGUUAGUGAUACUUCAUGAAUAUUGAUCAUCUAAUGGAAGAUGUUAUAAAUAUUUGACAUAACUCUGUUUAUAUGAUUUGUCUAUGGUGGAAAACUGUGAAAUAUAUCUUCUGAAUUGAUGGCAACAUUUGUUUCCAUCAUUGCCUGGAAUAUUUGCUAAAGUAUUUCACAUUCUGUUUGGAGCGGGAGAUAUCUGCAAAGGUGUUUGUAUCAUCUUCAGAUAUUGAUGAAGAUCAUAACUGCUGGGAAUAUCAGCAAUAGAAAUAUAUAAAAAAGGAAGCAAAAUUAUAUUUUGUGUUUGUAUACUAUAGAACAAUAAUGAAUCCUCAAGAGAUGACAAAAGAAAGAAAAACGUUAUCAUACCGAUGUGAUAUCUGUAAAAAGACUUAUUGUAAUAAGAGAAAUCUCACUGUUCACAAAUUCAUUCAUGCAGGGGGGAAGCCAUAUCACUGUGAUGUCUGUGGUAAAUCAUUCUCUGAUAAAAGUCACCUUACUAAACACAAUUACAUUCAUACAAGAGCGAAACGGUAUCACUGUGAUAUUUGUGGAAAGUCAUUCUUUCAGAAGGUUCACCUUACUUCUCACAAAUACAGUCAUACAGAAUAUGAGAUGUUAGUGGUAUAAAGGAGUUUUUACAUCAGAUACAUCAUGAAUAUUGAUCAUCCUUUGAAGACUAAUGGAAGAUAUUAUAAAUAAUAUAUAUAACCCUGUUUCUAUUACAAAUCUAUGGUGAAUAACUGUGAAAUAUUUCUUUGGAAUUAAUACGAACGUUUGUUUUCUUCAUUGCCAGUAUUUUACAUUCUGUUUGAAUUUGGAAAAAUCUGUGAAGGUCUUUGUAUUAUCUUCAGAUAUUCGAGAAGAUCAGAUUUGCUGUAAAUAUAGCAGUAGAAGUAUUUGAAUCAACAAAGACAUUUAUAAAGAAGAAAAGAAAAAUAUAUUUUGGUGUUGCAUACUGCAGAAGAAUAAUGAAUCCGCCGGAGAUGACAAGAGAAAGAGAAAAAUUAUCAGACCAAUGUGAUAUCUGUAAAAAGACUUUUUCUAAUACAGCGAAUCUCACUGUUCACAAGUGUAUUGAUCCAAGUGGAAAGCAAUUUCACUGUGAUAU